GUAAACAAGUUGGGCGGAGUUCGGAUCGUAUAAAAAAAAUAAAAUAGAUAGUUUGUAAAGUAUUAUUAAUUAUUAAUUAAUAACUAUUAAAUAAUAAUAAUAUCAUAAAGAUAUGUAAUAUGAAUUAUAUGAAGGACAAAGACGGAAUACGUCAAUUGUCGUCUUAUAAAACAUCAGGCUGAAGCUUAAAUUAUAGCUUGUUUUUAUUUUUAUUCAUCGCCCAACAAUUGUGCUUUAAACAUACACGACUCAAGGUGUCACCAUCGAGACGUUCUUUAUAUAUUUUAACUGUCCACUACGAUUGAAAAUGUUUGAAAAUAUUGAUACUUGUUUGGAGAAAUAUAUUCCACAGGAAGAAUUAAAUCAUGUGCAGAGGAUCUUGUAUGGAAAAAAAUUAGAAGAACUUCAACUGCCAGAGUCAUGUAUAAAUAAUGUAGAUGAUGUGGAAGUUAAAGGUUUCAAAUUUGAUAGUUUGACUGAAGAGUUACGAGAAAAACGGAUUGUAAGAGUUGGAGUUAUUCAAAAUCAAAUUGUUCUUCCAACAACGGCUCCUUUAGUUGAGCAACGUAACGCAAUUUAUCAAAAGAUAAGCAAGAUAAUAUCACUUGCAGCUGAAGCUAAUGUGAAUGUGUUAUGCCUUCAAGAAGCGUGGCCAAUGCCCUUUGUGUUUUGUACACGAGAAAAAUUUCCAUGGUGCGAGUUUGCUGAAUCAGCUGAAACAGGGCCGACAACUUUGUUUCUAAAAGACAUCUGCAAACAGUACAAUAUGGUUAUCAUAUCACCAAUUCUGGAACGUGAUGAACAAGAAGUGAUAUGGAAUACAGCUGUAGUCAUAGAUAACUUUGGCAAAGUAAUUGGAAAACAUAGAAAAAACCAUAUACCUCGAGUGGGUGAUUUUAACGAGUCUACUUACUACAUGGAAGGAAACACGGGACAUCCCGUUUUUGAGACAGCUUUUGGUCGAAUUGCAAUCAAUAUUUGUUAUGGACGCCACCAUCCACUGAAUUGGUUGAUGUUUGGGUUAAAUGGGGCUGAAAUUGUUUUCAACCCUUCAGCCACAAUUGAUGGUCUAAGUGAGACACUUUGGGGAAUUGAGGCUAGAACAGCUGCAGUUGCCAACAGUUAUUUUUCUUGUGCCAUCAACAGAGUGGGUACAGAAAUUUUCCCAUCUGAGUUCACUAGCGGUGAUGGUAAACCAGCACAUAAAAAUUUUGGCCAUUUUUAUGGAUCAAGCUAUAUUACAGCUCCUGACGGUUCAAGAACUCCUGGCCUUUCUAGGACUCGUGAUGGAUUGUUAAUUUCAGAAAUAGACUUGAAUCUUUGUAGACAAGUGAAGGAUCAUUGGGGUUUCCAAAUGACUCGAAGACUAGAUUUAUAUGCAGAUUCGUUGGCAGACAUUGUUAACUCUAAGUAAUUGUUUUCACACCAAAAAAGAAUAGCAAUAUCCAAUAAAUUGUAUAUCUAAGACAAUAUUCUAUAUCACAUUGUCAUACAUUUUUAGUUUGUCAAUUGAGUUUAUAACACAUUGUCAUUUUUGUUUUGAAUAUUUUAAGCAUACUAAAUAUUAUAAUAUAUAACACUUAUUUGUCAAUAUAUAUGAGCACUGUGUGAUGUAA